AUGUUGCAGUGCAUCGUGGCCUUGGGCCUCCGGUUCUGGCUCCUCGCCGGCUCCUUGCCCCACUUCUCGGACCAGGACAACCCGGCUGCAUUCCACCCCCAGGCGACCACGAGGUUCCUCACUUUCGCCUACGUCCUCUCGUACAACCUGUGGCUCCUGCUGUGUCCCCGCACGCUGUCGUACGACUGGCAGUUCGACUCCAUCCCGGUCCUCACGACGCCGUGGGACACGAGGAACGUGGCCACAGUCCUCACUGCGCUGGUCACCUUGCUGCUCUUCUUCACCUCACUCAUCGUCGUGCGGAACCAUCAUCAGCACAAUAAGCACCCUCAGCAGCAGCAGCAGCAGCAGCAAAGGCCGGCAGCGGAAGCUGAAGAUGGUGUUAAACAACGCCAACACGUCCCGCACAAACGACGGAUGACCAUGAGGCCUCUGCUGACGAUGGUUCGUCCGGCGGGGCUUGUGAAAGACGUCGGACUCGGGCCCCAGCACCAACACCAGCUUUGGACAGCGUUGAUGUUUGUGGUGAUCCCUCUCGUCCCUGCUGCCAACAUCUUUUUCCCCGUCGGCUUCGUCGUGGCCGAGAGGAUCCUCUACAUUCCCAGUGUCGGCUUUUGCUUGCUGGUCGGGCUCGGUUGGGAGCUAGUCAUGGACGAGCUCACCAUGCCCAGACUCGUCCCUAGCCCUGGCUUGUCCAACAACAACAACAACAACAACAACAACAACAACAGCAAGCAACAGCACCAUCAGCUCUGGACCAGCAGCAGUAGCCCCACCACCACCACCAACAGACUGGCUGCUGCCUGCUGGACAGGAGCAGCAGUCCUGCUCACGGCUGUUCUGGCUGCCAGGACCGUGGUGAGGAACGAGGACUGGAGGACUCGAGAAACUCUCUUCAGGUCUGGACUCACUGCCGUCCCUCACAACGCCAAGAUGCACUACAACUUUGCCAACUUGCAGCUGGACUCGGGGCGUCCGCGAGAGGCCGAGCUGCACUAUCGUGAGGCCAUCAGAUUGUGCCCCACUUAUGCCAGUGCCCACAACAACCUGGGCACGCUGCUCAACAACUCGGACGACGCGCAGGACGAAGACUCGGGUGAGCUGGAGAUGGCCGUGUCUCUCCUGCGCCGCGUGUUGCGGUUGGACCGGAAUUAUCCCGAGGCCGAGAUCCUCCUGGAAGACAUCACCAACAACCAAAUUAAUAUUAAUAAUAAUAACGAUAACGAUAACAAGACAUCUCCUUCUGUGAUGGGGUCCACGACGACGACGACGACGACGACGACGACGACGACGAUGCCAGGACCAGGAAAUGAGAAAAACAACAACAGCAGGACUUGGUCGUCCUUGAACCUGCAGCCGAGCAGCAACGUCAACGUCAACGUCGACGUCGACGUCAAAGUGCCAGGGCGUCGGAAGCUUCGGCCUAGGCGGCGUCGACAACUGCUCGAGGAGACCAACGAAGACUUGACUAGCAGCAGCAGGGAACAACUACUGGUGGACGGGAAAAAGAAUAACGCGUCAGUCGUGAUCCGGGUGUCGGUGUCGGUGUCCGUGUCGACGGCCGAGUCAUCCGUGCUGACGACGAUGAGGGACGCCGCCGGACUCCACCUCACCAAGGGCAUGGCUUCAUUGACUCAGAAGGACUUCAAGGAGGCCUGUCGACAGUUCAUCGCUGCCCUGGACUUGGAGCCCACGUCGGGCACCGUCGUGCUCAACUCGUCGAGUGAGCUGAGUGAGCCGAUCGACAUCGUGUGCCAGCAGACCAGCAGUCGACACGAGUGACGCGAGUCAAUGAUGGAGUGUAUAUAUAGUUGCUGGCCACCCUGAUUUCCUUUACUCACUCACUCACUCACUUACUCACUCACUCUGAUUUUCCAUCUUUCUUUCUUUCUUUCUUUCUUUCUUUCUUUCU